AUGUCUGCUCUGACGCCUCAAAGCGACAUGCCAACCCCCACCACAGACAAGAUCACUCAGGCUGCCAUGGAGACCAUCUAUCUUUGCAAAUUCCGAGUGUCGAUGGAUGGAGAGUGGCUCUGCUUGCGCGAGCUGGACGACAUCUCGCUGACACCCGACCCAGAGCCUACCCAUGAAGACUCUUGGGAGGAUUUGACAGAUGUGGUGGAGCAAUUGCGUGAUGAUACUGAAGAUCCUAAUUAUCUCAUGGCUAAUGAACGCAUGAACCUGAUGAACAUGGCAAAACUGAGUAUCAAGGGGUUGAUCGAGUCGGCGCUUAAUCUGGGCAGGACGCUGGACUCCGACUAUGCACCUCUUCAGCAGUUCUUCGUUGUGAUGGAACAUUGCCUUAAACACGGCUUGAAAGCUAAAAAGACUUUUCUUGGGCAAAAUAAGUCAUUCUGGGGACCUCUAGAACUAGUAGAAAAACUUGUUCCUGAGGCUGCAGAGAUUACAGCAAGUGUUAAAGAUCUCCCAGGACUGAAGACGCCUGUGGGUAGAGGAAGAGCUUGGCUUCGCCUGGCUCUGAUGCAGAAGAAACUUUCAGAGUACAUGAAAGCCUUGAUUAACAGAAAGGAUCUUCUCAGUGAGUUUUAUGAGCCUAAUGCCCUGAUGAUGGAGGAAGAGGGUGCGAUCAUUGCUGGCCUCCUCGUAGGGUUGAAUGUCAUCGAUGCAAACUUCUGCAUGAAAGGAGAAGACCUGGACUCACAGGUUGGAGUUAUUGAUUUCUCGAUGUAUUUGAAAGAUGGGAACAGCACAAAAGGCAGUGAAGGAGAUGGUCAGAUAACUGCUAUUUUGGACCAGAAGAACUAUGUAGAAGAACUCAAUAGGCAUUUAAGUGCUACAGUAAACAACCUACAGGCCAAGGUGGAUGCUUUAGAAAAAUCCAACACUAAACUGACUGAGGAGCUUGCGGUUGCAAACAACAGGAUUAUUACUCUGCAAGAAGAGAUGGAACGGGUUAAAGAAGAAAGUUCUUACAUCUUAGAGUCCAAUCGUAAGGUCACUAAAGACAGAACUGCUGAUGGGCAUGCGCUGAGUGAGGCACGGAAACAGUUAAAGGAGGAAACUCAGCUGCGACUGGAUGUGGAAAAAGAGCUGGAGGCGCAGAUCGGGAUGCGGCAGGAGAUGGAGCUAGCCAUGAAGAUGCUGGAGAAAGAUGUGUGUGAGAAGCAAGAUGCGCUGGUGGCACUCAGACAGCAACUGGACGACCUCAGAGCCCUAAAGCAUGAACUGUCUUUCAAGCUGCAGAGUUCAGACAUGGGAGUGAAACAGAAGAGUGAAUUAAACAGCCGUUUGGAAGAAAAAACAAAUCAGAUGGCUGCCACCAUCAAACAACUUGAACAAAGGUAA